AUGUUUAAGCUACUCCGAAGCCGGCCGAUAGCGGCCUCCUUGAAUUCCGCCCUUAGGAACCCAACAAAAAGUCACUUCAUUCGCCAGCAGGUCCGGCCUUUGUCGAUACACGAGUACCUUUCGGCCAACCUCUUGAAAUCGUACGGCAUUGGUGUUCCGAAUGGCCAGAAUGCUACAACGGUCGAGGAAGCCGAGAAGGUCGCUAAAAGCAUCGGUGGAGAUGACAUGGUCAUCAAGGCACAGGUUCUUGCAGGUGGAAGAGGCAAGGGCACUUUCGACAAUGGUUUGAAGGGCGGUGUCAGAGUCGUUUACUCGCCUGCUGAGGCAAAACUAUUCGCCGGAGAGAUGAUUGGUCAUAAGCUUAUUACAAAGCAAACUGGUGCGGCUGGUAAACUAUGCACUUCUGUUUUCAUCGUCGAGCGCAAGUUUGCCCGAAGAGAAUUCUACCUCGCGAUUCUUAUGGACCGUGCUACCCAAGGCCCAGUAAUCGUGGCCUCUUCCCAGGGCGGUAUGGACAUUGAAGCCGUCGCCAAGGAGUCACCAGAAGCCAUUGUCACCACCCCAAUUGACAUCCACCAGGGUGUGACCGACGAAAUCGCUCAGAAGAUUGCCAAGCAACUCGGCUUCUCUCCUCAAUGCAUUAACGACGCUGCUAAAACAAUUCAAAACCUCUACAAAGUUUUUAUCGAAAAGGAUGCUACUCAGAUCGAGAUCAACCCGUUAGCUGAAACCAAUGACCACAAAGUUCUGUGCAUGGACGCCAAGUUUGGUUUCGAUGACAAUGCUGAUUUCAGGCAAAAAGAGGUAUUCUCUUGGAGAGAUAUUGCUCAAGAGGAUCCUGAUGAAGUCCAAGCUGCAGAAUACGGCCUUAAUUUCAUCAAGUUGGACGGUGAUAUCGGAUGCUUGGUCAACGGUGCUGGGUUGGCCAUGGCGACCAUGGAUAUCAUCAAGUUGAACGGCGGGAGCCCAGCAAACUUCUUGGAUGUCGGAGGUGGUGCUACACCAAAGGCCAUCCAACGCGCUUUCGAGCUUAUCACCAAGGACCCCAAGAUUACCGCUAUAUUUGUCAACAUCUUUGGCGGUAUUGUCCGUUGUGAUGAUAUUGCCCGUGGCCUCAUUGGCACCGUCCAGAACAUGAACCUUCGUGUUCCUGUCGUUGCUAGAUUGCAGGGUACCAACAUGCAAGAGGCGCAGAAAUUGAUCAAUGAGUCAGGAUUGAAGAUUUUCUCUUUGGAAGACCUACAAUCAGCAGCCGAAAAGGCCGUCCAGUUCUCGAAAGUUGUAAAGAUGGCCCGAGACAUCGACGUUGGGGUUGAGUUCACUCUAGGAAUCUAG